AUGGCUAAUUUGCUCGAAGAGAGGCUGCGGUCGAAUUCGAAUGCUUUCGAAGGUUUGCUUUCGCUAAUUCCAGCUAAGUACUACUACGAUGACCAGACACAGGAGCAAUGGAAGGCUAAGAAGAAGAGUAAGACGCAGUCUAAGGAGGAUAAACAGAAGAAAUUAGAUCCUGAACAGCAGGGUGAAAACUCUCUGAGUACUUUGGAAGUAAUGAAAGAAAGGGAAAAAGAUGCAAAACCUGUGGUGUUACCAGGUGAAAAAUUGAAGAAGUUGAAGGACGAAGAGAAGGAACGGGAACAAGAGGUUAAGGAGGACGAACCUUCCGAAGAAAUUGAUGGUACUGAGGAUAUUGAUGUUGUAUUCGAUGAUGAAGGUAAUGAAAUCAAUUUGAAGGAGGAUGAGGAGGAAGAGGAAGAGGAAGAGCACCAAGAAGAGCCAGAAGAGCCAGAGAAGUCUCCUGCUGUAGAAGAAGAAUCUGAGGAGGAACAUAAAGAAGGGUCUGUUGAACAAGAAAAUAAGGAAUCUCAAAAGUCUCAGAAUAAGCCCAAUCUAGAAGCUCUGCGGUCAAAAUUGCAAGCCAAGAUUCAAGAUAUGAAGGAAAGACGUAGAGCUCCUGGUACAAGGGUUAGAGGUGCACCUAGUUCAAGAGAGGCGAUUAUUGAAGAAAGAAAACAGAGAUUGGAUCUUAGGAAACAGAAAAACGAUUCUCAAAAGCAGCAGAAUAAUAAAAGUGGUGAUGAAAGUGAAUCUGAUGAAGAUGAUAGUGAUAUCGAGACUCAACCACCUACUAAAAAAGCGAAAAUUGAAGUGGAUGCUAAUGACAUUAUGUAUCAAAAUAUUGAAUUUGAUGAUGGUAAUAAGAUAACUUCAAACUUACAGCAUCUGAAGAGGGGACCAAAGAAGAAAGGACCUGCUAAAAACGAUAUCAGGGCACAUUUAAAACUUUUAGAAGCCAAGAAAGCUAAAUUAGAAUCUAAAGAAGAAAUGGAUCAAAUAAAUGCUAAGGAAAAGGAAAAAUGGCAACGUGCCAUGUUGCAAGCUGAAGGUAUAAAGUUAAAGGAUGAUGAGAAAUUACUUCGUAAGGCUUUAAAGCGUAAAGAGGCAAAGAAAAGACGUUCAGAACAAGAGUGGAGAGAUCGUAAAUUAGCAGUAACGACGUCAAAGGCCGACAAGCAAAAGAGAAGAGAAGAAAAUUUGAAGAUUAGAAAGCAGAACAAAGGUGUGAAAAGGUCUAAACAGCAAAAGAUGAAGAGUGCUUAUAAGGGUAAUUCAACUAUGGUGAAAAGAGCUGGAUUCGAAGGAAGGCUGAAAAGUGGUAAGAAGAAAUAA